AUGCCUGCUAGCCUAGGCGUUAUUGCCUUUUCACAGCCAACGAUGAUGCGCAGGACAGUUUUGGGCUUGGCGCCCUUGGCACUCCAGACAAUUGCGCUCCACGGCGGGCAGCAGCGGUCGGUCGACGCGGCGAGGCGUAGAGGCCUCCGUGCUGCGUGGCGGACCGCGGACGACGCCGACGCCGGCGCCGAUGGCUCGGCCCGCAGCAAGUCCUUCUGGUGCUCAGAGGCCAAGGAGGUGCCGCUGCAGAACGUCAAGCGCAGCUACGCCAACGACCGCUUCCUCGACAAAAAGGCACGCACAGCGGCGCGGCAGCGCCUGCGCGACGAGGGUGUGACGUCAAACCUCUUCCCCGUGCACGUGAGCCCCGACACCUCCCUCUACACCUACGAGAUUGAGGCCACCCGCCGUCUGCUUCCGCCGCGGCCGCCUGACGGUGCGCAGGAAAAGAGCGAUGGGAAGGCCAAAGGGCGUCGCAAAAAGGAGGCCAGCACGCCAGCGACACCCGCCGCUGCAGACCCAAUCAUUAAGCGAGUUGACGCGACACGGGCCUGGAGUGUGGUGCGGCGUUUCCUGCAACGUUGCGUUCCGGCCGCCCCGCCGCUGGUGUGCGUUCGACACAAUGUGUACGCGCUCUCGCCCCUCCCCACCGAUGCGCUGCAGCUUCCGGCCGAAUAUCUUGACAUGGGCUGGGUGGCGUGCAAGCUGCGAUUCCGGGGGAAGGUCUCCAUGGCGCAGCUUUCGCCCGCCGACCUGCAGGAGGUGACAAACAAAAUCGUUCUUUGGACGCUGGGAAGGCAGGAGAAGCAGCAGAAGAUGUUCAACGUGGCGAGGGAGGCUAACGGGAAACUGGUGUGUACGCACGACAGCUUUAUUGUGGGUGGGAUGCGCAUUUUUAAGGGGACCCUUGUCCGAGCCGUCUUUCUCGACGCAGCGGGCGCCGUUGCAGCCUCGGCACCCACCCUGCCCCCACCCCCGACGGCGCUGCUGACGACGUUGCCGGCCGGACAUCACCCCACGACGCCGCUGCGGUUCCUUGUGAAGGAGUUUGUGCGUGAGUUUGAGUAUAAGAACACGCCCGUGCAGAGCUACCGCGUGGAGGACGCCUCGGGUGUGAUCGCGGCCUCCUUGUGGAAGGGCACCGCCGCGGCGCGGCUCUCCCCCGGGGCCGUGUACGAGGCCACCGACUACCGCCUCCGCGUGUUUGAGAACCGCGGCAACAUGCGGCUUUUGGAACUGACGGCGGGGGAGACGGUACUGAGGCCCGUGGAGGAGGCGGAGGAGCCGCCGCCCAAAAGCGCCGCGGAGGAGAAAAGUGCGCCGGGUAGAGGCGGGGCGACACGACGGCGGCGAACACCGAAAGCCGACGCGGCUGCGACCGCAGAGGAAAGCAGGCGCGACGCGGCAGGCGGCAAGCUCCUGCCGGAUGUCACGAAGGAGGGCGCACUGCAAGAGAUGCCGGGGGCGUUUGCGCUGAAGAUCGACACAAAGGGCACCGUCGCCGCGGAGCUCUCGCUCUGGGAGGAGGUGAAGCAGCACUUUGGCAGCGGCCCUUACGACAGUGCCACGGAAGAGCGCAUCGCACGUUCUUUGCAGGGAACGCCGGUGGUUGUGUCGGCCACGCUGCGCCACUCCGUGAUCCGCCUCGUUCGCUUUAACGUCGUCGCCAGCGCCGUGAGCCUCGAUCCUCUGCUGCAGCGGCUCCUGCCGGGCCUGGAGCCCGGGCAGCCCUACGCCGUGCUCGGCGACCACGGCGUUGUUCCUCUGCAGGCACUUCACUGCUGCUACGACCCCCGCAUGAGGUCGUGGCAGGACAUCACCGUCUCCACCUGCUCCUUCCUGCCCACACGGCGGCUGGACCUUCUGAAGGUGUUCCACACGGCGCUGGCGAGCGAAAUGCGGCGCUGGGGACUCGCCUUGGCGGCAGAGCCAUUCUCCUCCAAGGCGCUCUCACUGCUGCCCACCCCGCAGAAAACCACCGCCUACGGCCUGGGACGGAGUGGAAUUGCGAGGCAGAAGCAGAUCCGUUCUGCCGCGCUGCGUCACCCGCCGCCGGCGCCGUUCCCCACAACCCUCGCGGUGGUUGCUGUUGCGCCGCCGCACGCCGAAGAGGAGGAACGCGCCCGCAUCACGCAGACCGCACAGGCUAUGGCGCGGUACCACCGCAGCUCCGCCACCAUCACCGUGCCGGACGAGAAGGAGGCGGUGCGAUUUUUACUGCAGCAACUCACCCACGCCUCGGACGGGGCGAUAAAAGACCCGAACACGGCCGCCGUGAUCAUCUCCGCGGAGCGCGAGACGCGUACCUCGCGCUGGGUCCUCGCCGAGUGCCUCACGCGUGGCAUUCUUGCGGUGUUUGUGCCGCCCGCCACCGCCCCGAAGCGGCAAAGUCUCCUCUGCGAGAACGUGGGGAUGCAGCUCCGGACGAAGUUUGAGACGGACCCCGCCCACGGGGUGGAUGUCGCACGGGAGGUCCCCGCGGUGGCGCGGCGCCGCGUGCUCGUCGUGGGCGUGGACGCCUGCCACACAACGACCUUCAGCACUGGCGCCGUCGUGGGCGUCCUGUGCGCCCCCGAGCGCAACCACCUGCUGCCGUUCUUUUGGAAGCACGAGAUGCGUGGGGAGGAGGCGGACCGGGUCUCAGAGCACUUUGGCCUCCUGCUGCGGCGGGCGUGCGAGUUGUACGACGGCGUGGAUGAGGUGGUGGUGUUUCAGGAUGGGGACGUGUACAGCGAGGCGCAACAGAUGCAGGCACUCCUGCCGCCCGGCUGCGGGUUUACGUUCAUGUGCCUGCACAAGCGCACCAAUGUGCGCUUUGUCCACAAACUGCAGGAGGGAAACAGCUCCCCCCAGACGACGGCCGUCAACGUGGGGCGGGGAGCCGUGGUGCAGGGCCUCACGCCCAUUUCGCUGCUGGAUGACGCCGUGGCGCCCUCCUUCUACCUGCAGAACCACGACUGCAACAUGUCCACGGCCCGCACCGUGCAGUACACUGUUCACAGCACCAGCCCCACGCUGGAUGUGUCGGACGUGCAACAACUCUCACACGUGCUCUCGCACGUGCUGUCGCCGCAGGCAACGAAGCUGCCGAUGCCCACCCGAUGCGCCCACCGCUUGUCAAGCGUGGCGGAGCGGCUGCUGGACGCAGCCCCACCACUCACAUACGACAUGAUCCCAGCACCGCUGAAUGAACGCCUUUGGUUCUUUUGA